AGAUAACUUUAUUUCUUGUCUCUGCACUUCAAAUGGGACAUGCAUGUUUAGGUGGCUAACUACAGGAACAUCAGAAUGCCUAAUCUCGAACAUCCAGCAUACCCAGCAGAUACACUGCUUCACUUGGAAAGUUUGGUGCCUUGUCGAGAAUCCCAGGUGUCCAUGUUGCUGUCAAUAUUUGGAGAGCGUCAGCAGUUUAGUUUUCCAUCCAUCUUUAUCUAUGGACAUACAUCUAGUGGAAAGACCUAUGUGAUGCAAACGCUUCUAAACACCUUACAGCUUCCUCAUGUGUUUGUGAACUGUGUGGAAUACUUUACUUCACGACUACUUUUAGAAGAAAUUCUCAUCCAGUUGCAAAGCUGUUCUUCUGAGACAGAACAGACUUCUCAUGUGCCUUGUGAUACUUUCAAUGACUUUGUACGUCUGUUUAAACAAGCUGUUGCGAGUCGAGAGCUUCAAGAUCAAACAUUAUACAUUGUACUGGAUAGAGCAGAGCAGCUGAGGGAAAUGGAAGCAAACGUCCUGCCAGCGUUUCUUAGGCUUCAGGAGUUGACUGAUAGAAAUGUGACAGUUGUUCUGCUCAGUGAAAUAGUAUGGGAACUGUUCCGUCCAAGUACUGGAUGCUUUGAGCCAUUCACCUUGUAUUUUCCUGAUUACAGCAUAGGGCACCUGCAGAAGAUCUUGUCUCAGAAUCAUCCCCCAGAAUAUUCUGCAGAUUUCUAUGCUGCAUAUAUCAAUAUUUUGCUUGGUGUCUUCUACAUGGUCUGUAGGGAUCUGAAAGAGCUUCAGCAUCUGGCAGUGCUCAAUUUUUCUAAAUACUGUGAACCAGUGGUCAGAGGAGAAGCAAAUGAACGUGACACUCGCAAACUCUGGAAAAAUAUUGAACCUCAUUUGAAGAAGGCAAUGCAGACUGUUUAUCUUCGGGAAAUAUCCAGCUCACAGUGGGAGCGCUUGCAGCAUGAUGACGGAGAACCUGGGCAGUUGAAAGGACUUUCUGCACAUACACAUGUGGAACUUCCUUAUUACUCCAAAUUUCUUCUAAUAGCUGCUUACCUUGCCUCCUACAAUCCUGUUAGGACAGAUAAGAGGUUCUUUCUUAAGCAUCAUGGGAAAAUUAGAAAGACCAACUUUAUGAAGAAACACGAAAAGACCAGCAAUCACCUCCUUGGGCCAAAGCCAUUUCCCCUGGACAGAUUGUUAGCAAUAUUAUAUAGUAUUGUGGACAACAGAGUUGCUCCAACUGCAAAUAUAUUUUCCCAGAUCACCUCUCUUGUGACUCUCCAGCUGUUAUCCAUGGUUGGCCAUAAUGACCAGCUUGAUGGACCACGAUAUAAAUGUACUGUAUCUCUGGACUUCAUCAGAGCUAUUGCCCGGACCGUGAACUUCGACAUAAUAAAGUACUUGUACGAUUUCUUGUGAAAACAAGCUUCACAGCCAUAUGGACACUGUGACAAUGACUAAGACAAGCUGUGUUCAUCUCUCUACUUAGCUGGCCAGAAAGAAGAGUAUUUUGGCUCUUUUGGAUUUGUCCAAACAGGUGCUGGCCCAGCAUGGAACCUGAUGAAUAUACUCUGAUUGGUCUGGGUGGAUCUGAGCAGAGGACUAUUUACCAGGGACCCUGGAGUAUUUGGAAGCAAUGUGUUAAUUAUAAACAGCAGGGUCUGAGCACAAUCUGUUCUACUCUUAAUGAUGUUAUCUUAACACUGAAAUUGCCUGAAACCCAUUUACUUAGGACUGCAUUUUGCUCUAUGAACUCUCCCCAGUGCUUUGAACAUGGCAGCAGCCCUUGUUUGUAUGCCCAGUCUUUUCACUUCCUCUCCACAGGAAUCUUUGCAAUCGCCUGCCAAAGCAGCUUUUCCUGAAGCCACCAUUUUAGGAGAGUGGAGUAGCAAAAUAUAAUAAACAUAAGAACAUACUUAAAAUC